CGAAUUGGAGCGUUAAAGGCUGUUUCAACGUUAACGUACUUGACGCAUUAAUUAAAUGUUAAUAUAACUGUACGUUAACUCGUUGAUUCGGCGGAAUAUUGUCAACACAGGAUGAACACCGUGUUGUUGAUCGGCAUAGCGGUCACUGGGGCAGCUUUAUUGAUAUCAAUAGUUGCAACAUCCAUUCCAUUCUGGUGGCGAGUUGCUGCAGAGGACUGGGACGAAAGUAUUAACUUUGGCCUGUUUCAGUUUUGUCGGUAUACCAGGAGUGAUGAAAUUUGUAUGUCGUAUAUAUCAGUCUCAGACUGGUUGCGUGCUACACAAGCAAUGAUGAUCAUGUGUAUAUUAUCGCUGGCAGCAAGUGGUGGUUUAUCAUUAUUGUUUGGUUUCGUACUAACAGACAAGACAAGCAUUGCCUUAGCUGCGGCGUUCGUCGCAAUGGCUGGAGCAUUCUUUGGAUUGUUGGGAGUAAUAAUAUAUGGUGCCAAGAUGUCGGAUCCCGAUGGUAUCAUACAUGUUCUCUCUGUGCUCAACGGGUCACUACAUGCCGGGUUUGGUCUUGCAGCAGUGGCAGUGGUAUUAGCAAUGAUAGCACCAGUGCUGGUUUUCUGUUCAAGGAAUUCAAACUAGUAUUGUCUGAUUUUUAAUAUAGGGACCCAACACCAUUUAUUACAGUCAUUCUAUCAUGUAACGGGCGACUUGACUUCGCGAAACACAGAGAAACUUUCCUGUUCACUAUAAUUUACUGGAAACUUCUCCAUGUGAAUCCAAGGGAGGAAAAUGUGCAGUCUCAGAAGAGUUAUCUUGCAGCUAUAGUAGUUUUCUCUAGUAGUACUGUGAAAUGCCGAUUUUCAUAAUAAGACCUUCAUGGUCAUCAUACAAAAACUUAACCAAAUCAGGACAGAGAGGUUAACACACUGAUGAGUUCAAAAGCUCUAUUUAUUCUACGAAUAGUCGAAAUAAAAAUGAAAAAGCAAUAAAGGAG